AUGCUGCAUAAAUUCUGGGAACGUUACAAUGCUAAUCCAAUCCGCAGUAUUGUUAAGUCAUUUCAUGUCCCAAUAUUUAUGGCACCCUUCCCAGCUCUUACUAUUUGUCCAUUAAUACCACCGCCAAUUGCAAGACGCAACGUAGUAUUUGCAAGUUUACGUUUACCAAGUAAUAUGUCUUACACUACAGGGAGAUUUCUAAUUAGAUAUGGGCCUGCUUUUGCGAACGAAAACGCUCCUGGUGGUAGACAUCAUAUAGAUAAUUUUAAAUUACUGUUGAAAACAAACAACUUGUCACUGAUAGACUUUAUAAAAGCUUUACGACCUUGCGAAGACAUAUUUGAAUCCUGUGCAUGGCAUAAUGUUGAUACGAAUUGCAGCGAACUGUUUAAAAUAUCUUAUACUUUCGCAGGUAUAUGUUGUUCCUUCAACUAUUAUCUCGAAGAGUCCAUAAAAACUGGCAGAGUUAGAAAAGCCGACGAUUUUCUCACAACUUCUUUGUACGGACCAAGAACCGGUCUUCAAAUUGUCCUAAACCGAUAUUUUUUGGUCGAGGAUGAUGACAUAGAUGAAAAAUAUAUCAAAUCUUCAACGAAUUCCGUCGGUCUUGUGACCUCCGUAAAUCCAAUUAUCAAUAAAAAACUCAGUGGAUAUUACCAUCGAGAUUCUAUGACUGGUGAACUGAUUCAGAAUUGUAUAAAUGAAAAAACCAAAUUGGACUAUUUUCCUACAUAUGGACAUUUCAACUGUUUUACCAGCUGCUCUAUCAAGGCUGUUCUCCAAGCCUGUGGUUGUUUGCCACUCUACUACACGCCUAUAGCUGAAAAGCAUUCAUUAAGACUAUGUGAGUGGGAAGAUUUCCAUUGCCUUUACGCGAAUGCGGACAAUAUACGGAUCAUUCAAAAUGUUGUUAGAGACAAUUUUACGUGUGAAUGUUUUACGCCAUGCCAGAGUGUGCAAUACGGGUUACAAACUUCCAGGCUUUUGUUAAAUGGUAAAAAGAGUUACAAUCCAUCGUCAUUUAAAAAUAUUUCAACUAAUCAAUCCAUUCUAAAAAUAUAUAUGAAAUCCGGCACAUUCAUAGAAAUGGAUACAAUUCCGAUUGCUGACGAAUUAUAUUUGCUAGGUAAGCGAUCAUUUUUAAUCAGUAAAUACCAACUAAAAAAAGAAGAGAAAAACUUUUCAGCAUCGCUGGGCGGCAUAUUUAGUCUUUUCUUGGGAUGCAGCUUUAUAAGUGCCUUGGAGAUUUUUUACUUCAUCAUGUUAUUUCUUCGUUCUAAAUCAAAAUAAUUCCAAGUCAAAAUAAUUGUCGUCAAUCAGAAGUUUCACAUAUGACGUAUUAAACAAUCUAAUUAAGUUUAUAAAUUAUGCAUAAUUAGAGAAAUUCGAUCGCAUUGUCAUCGAAAGGGUGAAUAAGAACACGAUUGACAUUCUACAGCAGCAUACAUAAUAUCUUUUGGGACACUGGGUGUGCGAACGCCACAUCGAGCAACUACGAAUCUGGAGCGAUUAGAUCUAUUUCGAGCGGUUACUGGAGCGCUGCCGUAACAUUUAAGUCCACACCCGUGAAAAUACAUAUUUACUACGACGAAUGUGAUACCGUGCGGCGCGAGUGAUUCUUCGAAACUAAAUUGUAUAACAAAUGCUUUACAUAAGUUGCAAAUAAUGAAAGUCCUUUUUUAAGAGUAAUCGUUUAAUCGGUUAUGUAACGUGACACGUCAAUUUUCGUACUUAUACAUCUCAUUUAAUUUAUACAUUUCGUUAUUCGCACCUGUUUACACCUGUCCGUUAAUGUUGGCAAAAAUAUAAGGAACAUUUGAAAUAGCAACGUGCAAAUAUAACGGGAUACAUUCCGAUACGGUCAAGUACACAUAUUUAUCAAAAUGAAAUAAACAUGCAACGACGCGCGAUCUAUUAGAGACUUUGUAUUUGACAUGGCGAUUGUACGAAAUGUAUAAAUUCAAGUAAAAAGGUGAGAAUAGCGGAUACUUCAGACAUACGAAAAAAAUGGAUAUUUAUAUCGUAAAAAUCAGUAUUUGAAAAGUGUUCAAAUACAAUAAGCGAGUAAUUUGAUACUUGAGCAUACGGUUUUGGGAGCUUCUGCCUUACGUAAUAUUUGAAAGCUUUUUGCUAACACAACCCUAAUUGCAGCCUAGCAUUGAAAUGUGUACUAAUUAUGUCGUCUAUUUUCGCUUACGCUGUCGAAAAUACCGAUUUAGUUCUACGCGGACAUACGGUCAAACUUCGAGAGCUGGAAGCGCCGACUAUUUUUGGAGAAACGCCCACAUAUUGCGGGGCAGCGUCGUUCACAUUUCUACAAAGUUCUCUCUGUUUGCAUCUUCAAGAAAAUCUAUAUUUUUCACAAUUGCGUCUCUUUUUGUAAUCGCAGUCCGUUUUAUGCAUACCUCGAUAGUGACAUAAUGACAAUUUAUUUCCGGUACGAUGGUAAAUCAUAGUAAAGUAAACUUUAGCCUGCAUUUCAAACGAAAAGAUUUAUUUUAUCGUUUGUAGCGUUGUGUUUUUCAUAUAUACUACGAACAUAUUUUUAAAGAAACUUUUUAUAAUACAUUUUUAAUAUUGUAAGUAGUGUAGUUAAAGAUAAAUGAGAUGCAUUCGAAUUAUAAACGAACGCGCAUAAAACAAAUUGAUAUAUUUAUUUCAGUGACUUUAAAUGAACACAACUCAAUGCGAAUUAUAGCUGUAGAUGUGCUAGUAACAUAAUAAAUAUUAUUUUUAAUUCAGACAAUGUAUUUGUAGUUAAUUAUCUGAGAAAAUAUAAUUAAUGUAAUAUCGAUAGCCGAUUUUCAUGACGAAGUAGUAAGAAAUUGAAGUAAGACAGGAAACAAACUUUUAAAAUUGUUUCUAUUACCCGAUAAAUAUAUUUUUAAAUCAUGCGCGUAGCAGAAAUCGGUUACUAAACAGUCAAAAAUGAUUUGCGGAGAACAUGUCUUCAGGCGCCUAAAUUGUAGAAAA